GUUGUACUUAACGUGAUUUCACCGUUUCUGGUACGCUGUGCCGCCGGGUGUCAACUGCCGAGCCGGCGUCACACACGGGUCCGCGGUAGCGGCGACCCCACCUUCGGGGAUGGUCAACCGUUCCAUGCCGCAAUCACACGCGAGACUUUUGCAACAUUGGGAAGGAAUGACGUGCACCCGCCGUCCUGGCCAUGGAUUAUUUAGCAGCGCCCAGAGCUGUCUCCAAUCCACACCACCAACCGUCCGACGUCACUGCUCACUAUCCCUCCCAGAGAAAUCCACAGCCCGAGUAUCGACGCCCCUAUCAGUGUCAUUGACCCACUGCGCCACUACAAAAAGAAGUCGCUAGAUCACUAGAUCACAAUGGUAUCCAUCAAGACCGUGGCAGUCCUGGGUGGCACAGGCAACCUCGGCCCGGCGAUCGUCCACGAGCUGCUAGCCGCGGGCUUCUCCGUGACGGGCGUCACGCGCGAGGGGUCGACCAACUCGACGCCCAAGUACCCGGACAGCGUGCCGGUCCGGGCGGUCGACUACGGGUCAUUCGAGGCGCUGCGGGCCGCCUUCCAGAACCAGGACGCCGUCGUGUCGGUGGUCGGCACGCUGGGCGUGCCCGCGCAGAGGACGGCCGUCGACGCGGCCGUCGCGGCCGGCGUGAAGCGCUUCAUCCCCUCCGAGUUCGGCAUCAACACGCGCAAGGUGCGCGGCACCUCCAUCGGCAAGAUCCUCACGGGCAAGAUCGCCGUGGUCGAUUACCUGGAGGAGAAGGCGCGGGAGAACCAGGCGUUUACGUGGACGGGCCUGUCGACGGGCCUGUUCUUUGACUGGGGCCUCGACCGCACCGGCCUCGGCAUAAUCAACCUGCGCGACAAGAAGGCGACGGUGAUCGACUCGGGCAACGAGAAGUUCCAGGCCAGCACGCUGUCGCACAUCGGGCGGGCCGUCGCCGGCAUCCUGCGGCACCCGGACGAGACGGCCAACCGGUACCUGGCCACGGCGUCGUUCAACCUGUCGGCGAACGAGCUGGUCGCGCUGGUCGAGGAGCUCACGGGGUCCAAGCUGGCCGUCUCGCGCGUCGCCGCGGCGGACCUGGUCAAGGCCGGCGAGGAGAAGCUCGCCGCCGGCGACUUCCGCGCGUUCGUCGACUUCUUGGGCGCGCACAACUCGGCGGACGGGGCCGGGAACGCGCUGUCGGAGGAGGAGAGCGCCAAUGGCAUUCUUGGGUUGCCGUAUGAGGAUUUGAGGGCGGAGGUGGAGAGUUUCUUGAGGCGGCAGGGGGCUCUGUAAUUAGCCAGCGGACUCUCUGCUAUUUAGCAGACCACA